AUGUCAAAGGGGGAAGACUCCAACCAGGCAAACCCUGGGACCAUAAAAAGGUACCCAACCUCUACCUUGAUCUGGGAAAACGGGGUCCCCUUCACCUACGCACUUAUGUGCCAAAACCCCUUGGGUGUUCAGGUCCCAAAAAUACGGACACCACCGGGCAAACUGCAACCCAAAGGGCCAAAAUGGGCUGUAGAAAGGGGACCAAAGGGGUGUGCAAAAAGGCACAUAAAAAAGGCCCCAAAAGCCAAAUGUCCUAACGUGCCCAAGAGGAUCACCCCGGAGCCUGGCUUGUUUGUAGGAAAAGGGCGGCCCUCAAACGCAAGAGGUUGUAAGAAGGGGCCCCGACUUUGUUCCUGCCCCCCAGGACCUACGUCGGGGGGAGGAAAAAAAAAGCAAAAAGGUUCCCCGACCCCAAAGGGGAAGGGAAGUCCCCCACCAAAAACCGGAGUCUCGACAAUCGGGAGUUCCCCAAGUAAAGAGUGCAAGGAACCACGGAAAAAAGGUUCCCAACAGCACCACACGGCCCCCCCAGACCAAAGACUGUUUUUCGACGAGGGGGCAUGUCGUCCUGAUCAUGCGCAGACCCUAACCAGGCGAUUCAGUGCCACAGCCGAAUCAGAAAAAGCUGAGCCUCCCCAGGCAAAGCAGCAAUGCACAAAAACACCCCGGCCAGAGAAAAACCCAAACACGAAAAGUCAGAGUAAAAAGGGGCCCCAACCCCCCAGGGAUACCCUGACAGCCGAAGGAGCCCCCUCAAGCAGUGAGGAUCUCAAAUGGAGUUGCGAUCAAGGAGCAUUGACAUCGUCAUCCCCCAGGGGGGACAUUACGGGGGAAGCUUUUCGCUUCCCCGGGGUAUCAGUCUACGCGCUGCCAGUUCCGAGGGGCAAAAGGGGCCCUGAUGACCCGGUCAAAGCAAACAAUCCCUGCUACGCAAUACCCGAUGCCCCGCACUUGGAGAAAAUGUUGAACUCUUCCGUCGAGAUUAACGGGCCGGGGGCCCCCUGA